AUGCCUUCCAUCUAUCAACUCAAUCAACCACCGAACUCUUUCUGGGACUUCGUCAACGGCAACCUCGAAGAUCAUCCUUUCUUUUCUCCUCGCGGCCACCACGGCCAUGGAUGCCACGCACGCGGGGGACCCCAUCACGAGAACCCUCCUCAGUAUACAGCUUCAGGUGAGAAUGCUGAGGCUGGCGAGAAAGGAGAGAACACAGCAUCCGAGUUCGAGUCCGACUCUCCAGACAACCACCGUCCCUGCAACCACUGCGGAAAAGGCAAGGGCAAGGGCCGUCACGCCAGCCACCGAGGACCGGGUCAGUUCCGCGGCAAAGAUAAAAGAGGAAAACAUGGACACGGUCCCCACGGCCACCCCGACAUGAAAGGACCGCGGCCUGAUGGGGUCCAAGACCCCAGCACACGUGCAGCUGAUGAUGUUGCCGACCCAUUAGUCGCUGUUGACAAUAGCGAAACAUCCUCAUCCGAAUCUGACUGCGCCGAUAGCCACCGCCACGGUCAUUUCAAGAACAAGGGCCGCGGCCGUGGCCGCCAUGGACCAGGUCCAUUCCGCGGCAAAGGUGGAAAGGGCAAACACGGCCACGGUCCUCCAGGACCCUACGACUUCCACCCCCACCCUCAUAGCCACCAUAACCCUGGUGCCUUUGGAUUUGGACCAGGUCGCCAUGGAAUGCACGGAAUGGGACACCAUGGACAUGGUCCUCACCCCGGCCCUUACGGCUUCCCAGGUCAUCAUGGCCACCACGGUGGUCCUUUCGGCUUUGAGCACCGUGGUCCGCGGGGGCCAGGCGGUCCUAGACAUCGAGGUCCUCACGGUGGCCCGUUCGACUUCCUGCGCCAGAUUGGUGCCGGUCUUGGAUUCCCAAUGGAUAAAACGGCCGAUGGCGUUGACUUCACACCCUCUGUUGAUGUUUUCGACACUCCUGCCAAAUACAUCGUUCAUGUAUCACUACCUGGUGCCAAGAGGAGUGACCUGAGCAUCGACUAUGACGCUGAAGAGUCUGUUCUGCGCCUGGCGGGUGUUGUCUACCGCCCUGGUGUCAAUGAAGACUUGCACCAAGCUCUUGUUAUGGAAGAGCGUGGUCGGGAGGUUGGUGUUUUUGAACGCGAAGUCCGAUUUGGCACUCGUGCCGCGCCGGCUUUUGUCGUUGUUGAUGGCAUUUCGGCUAAGCUGGAGGAUGGUAUCUUGAAUGUCACUUUGCCGAAAAUCAUUCGGGAUACUGGAGUCCAAAACAAGAAGAACGUCUGGGUUGACGAUGGUGAGAAAGAGAAGGACGCUACCGCGGAAAGGACCCUAACCCCAGUCGACUCCGAGGAAAGCGAGAACGACGGCGAGGCCAAAGAGUAUGUCAAGGUCCCUGUGAAGUAG